ACAACUUUGCAGAUUUAACUAAUUUAGCUAACUUCAACCAACAAUUCAUCGCUAUUAACUUAUGUUAGAUGCGUUAGCAUUGUAGUUCCAAUUCGUAAAUCUGCUGUGUUUUUGUCAGUGAGUGUUUAGCACCCAUUGAUUUUUGUUAGCUUCUCGGCUAAUGUUAGUUGACUCCGAGUGAUUAAGAAUUACCUGCUCUUCAAGCCGUUGUAUUUCGGCUUCAUUUUCCUUCUCGUCUUCUGACGUGUCGUCUGAAUUUUCCACUCCCAUGCCUUCUUCGUCGUCGCUCUCCGAGUCCAUUUCUCGCUCCUCUAUCCCCGCAUCGUCCUCGUCCAUGUCUUGCAAGUGCGUAUGCUCUGCGUUGCUUGACGCUGCCAUGUUGGAAAGGCUGUCUGCCUGGUAACAACCCUAAACAACCCUGAUCCAACACUGUGAUACCAAAGAUUGGCCGCUAGUGGGCGCUCCCAAUCCUUGCUCCUGACCUCCGUGUUUGUCAACAAACCGACUGGAGUCAUAUUCAUUCGGGCAUUUCCGCCUAUUUUCGGUUUCUGAAGAUGGCGGUGGCUUUACGAAAGUCGUCGUUGUUGUUUAACAGAAGAUUGUUACCGACUACUCUUUGUUCGUAUCACAAAAAGGUUGUGGACCACUACGAAAACCCAAGAAAUGUGGGCUCGUUAGAUAAAAAUGCUAAAAAUGUGGGAACUGGAUUGGUCGGUGCGCCAGCCUGUGGUGACGUUAUGAAACUUCAGAUUGAGGUGGAUGAGAACGGUAAGAUUGUGGACGCCAAAUUCAAGACAUUUGGCUGCGGAUCAGCCAUCGCUUCCAGCUCUUUAGCAACGGAGUGGGUGAAGGGGAAGUCGAUUGAUGAAGCUUUGAGGAUCAAGAACACAGACAUUGCCAAAGAACUCUCACUUCCCCCUGUCAAACUUCAUUGUUCCAUGCUGGCAGAAGACGCCAUCAAAGCAGCCCUGUCAGACUACAAAAUAAAACAAGACAAGGAGGAGAAGAAUGCCAAAGUCAGCAGUUAAUUUGUCACUAUUAACCAUCCAUAAUAGGCCGGAGGUACCUCAGGGAUGUGUCAGGAGUCCCAGGACUGUACAGGAAGAUCGAGAAUCAUUCUGCUGAAAUAAUCUGACAAUUUAAUUUUUUCUUUUUUGGCAAUUGUAAUGGAAGAAAAAAACUAUUUGUGAUGCUAGCAUCAUUCCCAUACUAUUCCCAGCAAAUGAAUGAAUAAACUAUACAAAUACUGUU